AAGAUAAGAUAAGAUACUUUUGGUAUCUUUUCUGUAUCUUAUAUCUUGUAAAAAUUUCGAAAAAAAAAUAGUAUCUUUAUCUUUAGGGUAAGCUCAUUUUAGCCUAAAGUUACCUAAAAGAUACAAGAUACUUUUGACCCCAUCUACCGGGAAAAAGUCAAGCUACCUGUAGCAAAUUUUAUUUAAAGUCAGUUUUCCGUCAUGCCUUUUUUCUUUGUCUGCUGCUACUAACCUGACAUGAGUACUGCUAGUCUGCUACUGACCACAGUACUGAAAUUACGACAGUUAAAUUCUUCUAACUAUCAAACAGGCUAUUGCGGUUUUUGCUGUUUAUUGCAGGCUUGCAGCACUUUUUUUUUCUUUUAUCCAACCAUCCUAUUAUCCCUAUAACAGUAGGAACUGUAACGUUCCACUUAUCAGGUAUAUAAAUUAAUUAAAACUCAUUAUCACAUUUACCCUAGGAAUUUGUUCUGAAAGGAUCAUGGAGGUAUUGCAGAGAGAGUGUGAUUUACAAUUUGGUCCCUUAACCAUGCUUUGUUAAAGUUGUAUUCUAUUCACAUGUUUUUUUUUCUUACAGGCCAUUGCGUUCAAAUUUAGUCCAACCAGGCUCCAAUGCUUGGUCCAAAAUGCCACCAAGAGUUACGAAGGCCUUUGGAAAAAGAAGUGGAACUAGAGUUUCUAGAGGUCGAGGCUCAGUUCAAACCAGGGAAGAAAACCUACGACAAAUUGUGGGCCAGCUUCCCAUUAGUGAUGCUCACCAGGAAUUGUUAGAUGAGGAAGGUGCAGAGGGAGGCAGUGAUGACAUUGUGGAUUUGGCAGAAUAUGAAAUCACAUCCGCUAGUGCUGAGCCUUUACCUCCACCAGGUGAACCAAUACCAAAAUUCACUGUUGAAUCAUGGAAAGCGAAAUGGAGACGAGAUUUUUUCUCAGAUUGGCGCUGGGCAGCGAAAAAGAAGGGCAAUGGCCAUCAGGUUUGGGCUCGCUGCAACACCGGGAAAUGGAAAACAAAAAACAAACAACACUACUAUUCAGAAUACAGCAAAUACGAAAAACGUAGUAGUGGAAUUGAUUCCAGCCAACCAACCCUUAACAGAUUUCAGCAGUUUUGUUCAACGACGAUGACAAAAGAACGACAGAAGAAACUCGAUAUCGAUCUCGGUUACUCAAUAGCGAUCGAUAAUAUUCCACUCAAUAUUUUGCGUCGGAAAAGGUUUCGAAGAUGGAUACAUUCAGGAAUGCCAGGAUACCAGUUACCAGGAAUCGAAAGGAUGAGAAAUGGCAUCAUACCCAGCCUUGUCCAUGCUACAAGAUGUAAGUUGCUUAAGAUCAUUAAGGACUCUUCUUCCUUCACGAUCAUUCUCGACAUUUGGUCGUCGAAAUCCAUGAUGGGAUUUAUCGGAUUUACCUGUCAUGCGGUGACGAAAACGUUCGAAAGAUACAUCCUAUUUCUUGGCGUGAAGAGAAUGAUUGGCAGACACACUGCCGAAAAUAUCUUAGCGGAAUAUGAGCACUUGCUUCGUGAUUGGGAAAUAGAUCGUUCACUAAUUGUUAUGGUAAAAACUGAUGGUGGUAGUAAUAUGGUUGCCAACACGUUCAUGAAUGAUAUACCUGGUUGGCAUAAUGAAGACGAAUUUUCCGCCAACGAUCAUCAAUCUGAUUAUGUUCCUGCACAACCUUCUACAAGUACAAGUAGUCCCUCAGAGUUAGAUAUUCUGGCAGCAGAAACUACGCAGUCAAUGGCCGAGAUCGAAAUUGCGGAUGCUACGGAAGGUGACCCAUUGUGGGUUUUGUUACAGGAGCUUGGUUUUAAUUUCUCAGAGACCGAACUGAACGACGAGGACGACGUUUCGGAGUUCCGCGAUUUAGAGAGGGACCUAGAAGAACAUUUACCUUCAACAGAAAGUACCUUCGAACCACUAGAUGACGACUACAUCCUUUAUUCAAGGCUUCGCUCAGACUGCGUAGCCCACAAGCUACAGUUAGUUAUAAAAGAUGGUUUUAAAACCCUUAGUGACGAAGCUGCUGGCGUUAUCUCCCAUGUGAGUAAAAUUGUAAACUCGGCUAGAAAAAGCGUAAAUGAUUCAGAUUUAAUCUACAACUUGGUUGGCUUUCGCCUGUCAAAAAAAAAUUCAACCCGAUGGAAUAGCACAUUAUAUGAACUGCAAAAUUUCCUCAAGGCAAUUCAAACUGAUACAGCUCUUCUCACACGCCUCAUGGCAGUAAAAAAGCACGGAACUCUUACUGCCUAUCAGCAAAUUGUGCUUAAGGAAAUCGUGGCCAUCCUCAAGCCGUUUGAAGCUGCAUCAAAUGAUUUUCAGGCGGACUUCGAAACCGUUGGAAAUGUUAUUCCUGCAUAUCUAGGUUUGAUGAACGCUCUUACUCUUACAGUCAGGGACAGGAACGGAGUACAGAUCCCGAAUCCAAAUAGCCGACUCACAACAUUGGUUAAAUUUUGCAAGGGCUUCGUGGCGGGAUUGCGAUUAUCUUUAGAACGACGUUUUUUAUUCAUCCUGCGCGAUGUCCAUUACGUUAUGGGCUCAAUAUUUGAUCCGAGGUUCAAGCUGGCUUGGAUUACGUUGGCAGGAUUGAACGAAACGGCCGUGGUAAAAGCGGUCGCUGCUGAAAUUGAGCUGCGAUAUCACAUUCUUCGUACUAGAAAAGUUGACAGUGUUUGUUUACCAAAUCCACAAACUCAAGUUCAAACAGACGAUGCCUGCGUUUCUCCUCCUAACAAUUUAGCCGGACCACCAUCAUCAACUCGCAAGAGACGAUUGAGUCAGUCCCUAUAUUCACCAGUAAUUGAGGUACCAAGACCUCGUUCGGUGAUUGGGCCUGCCAAAGCCUUGGAAGAGUUCGACGUUUAUUUGAAAGAAGACAUCAUAGACAUGGAAGUUCCAUUGGAUCCAAUGGAUCCCAACAGUGAGCUGUGUGUCACGAAGCCACUCGAGUUUUGGAAAGUUAAUCAAUAUCGCUUUCCGAUCCUUAGUGAAAUCGGAAGAGAUGUUGUAAGCGUGGCUGCAUCCUCAGGUUCUGUCGAACGGGCAUUCAGUGUGGCUUCCGAUAUAUUAACGGCCAAACGGUCUGCCAUGAAACCAGAUCUUUUUUCUAACUUAAUGCUCAUUAAGUGUAAUGCUGGACUUAACGUAGGCUCAUUUGAUGAAUAAAUGAAAAGUAAUGCU